ACAACUCAACUUUAUGUCUGGAGCCCUUUAAAAAAACAGCUGAAACAAAGUCCUGUACAUAGAUAAAAAUCAAGCAUCAAAUAAACAAAACAUUAAUACAAGGUUAAUUAAUACAAAGUGAAAAACAACAAAAACAAACAAGGGCAGAGCCUCAUGGUGUGUUGACAGCCAUGGAAUAACAUUGAAUUUCAAGGCAAAUUUUAAAAAUUCAAGUUUUGGACCAGUAACAGGAAAAGCUCUAUCCCCUCUGAGCUUCCGCUUAGACUUGGGUACCUCCAGGUGCACCUGGUCAGCUGAGCUGAGGCACGGGCCAGGCAAGCAGGGAUGGAGCAGCUCAGGUGGACCAAAAAGAGAUUUGAAAACAAAUAGAAGACUCUUAAAAUGAACUCUAAAGUGCAUAGGCAGCCAGUGGAGGGAGGCCAGAAUAGGAAUUACUGUAUGUGCUCCCUCUUAUGUGUUCCAGUUAAGAGGCAAGCAGCAGCAUUUUGAACCAACUGGAGAGAGAGACUCCAAUGAAACGUGCAUUACAGUAAUCCAACAGACGUGAAGAAGGAAAUAAUUACUGUUUCCAUGUGCUACUGUGCAAGAACGGGCUUUAUCUUUGCCAGCUGCCUCGGGUAAAAAAAAAAAAAAAGCUUUGCUUAACUGCACCGAUUUGCCGAUCUAAUUUAAAAUCACUGUCCAAUUUGCCUGGGAAUAUUCUCAUUAAACUGAGUUAUUUUAUUCCCAGGGCAUUGAAUCAAUCGCAACUGGACUGCUCUGGUCCAAUUUAAAACCCUAGUUAAAAUGGGGUCCUCUUGGAAAAAAAGUCCCUUUUGUCAAAACAUGAUCCUUAAUAAGCAAAGCACAUUUAUUUAUAUAGCGCAUUUCAUACACAAGGUAACUCAAUGUACUUUACAUGAUUAAAAGCAUUUAAAAACAAAGAAAAAAACUGAUUAUAAACAUUUAAAACAGAGAAGAAGAAAUCAAAACAAAAUAAAAGUACAAUUAAAACAGCGUACAGUGCAAGAAAUAUCAUUUAAAAAUGGAAAUACUCUAAAAAGCAUGAUGAAAAAAGAGAGUUUUUAACCUGGAUUAAAAAACCAUUCACAUUUGGGGCUGACAUCACUUCUGUUGGCAACUUAUUCCAUUUGUGUGCAGCAUAAUAGCUAAAUGCUGCUUCACCAUGUUUGCUUUGGACUUUGUGCUCCACUAUUUGACCUCAGUCUGUCGAUCUUAGAGCCCUACUGGGUUUAUAUUCCAUUAGCAUUUCUUUCAUGUAUUCAGGACCUAAACCAUUUAGUGAUUUAUAGACCAGUAGCAGAACUUUAAAGUCUAUUCUAAUGCUGACUGGCAGCCAGUGAAAAGACUGUAGAAUUGGAGUAAUAUGCUCUGACCUCUUUUUUCUGAUCAGAACCUGAGCUGCAGCGUUCUGAAUGAGCUGCAGCUGUUUAAUGCUCUUUUUGGGGAGUCUAGUCAGAAGACCAUUACAAUAGUCAAGUCUACUUGAGAUAAAAGCAUGGAUGAGCUUCUCCUGGUCUGCUUGACACAUGCAAGCCUUCACUCUGGAUAUGUUCUUCAGAUGGUAAAAGGCAGUUUUAGUAAUUGAUUUGAUAUGACUGUUAAAUGUACGUCGGAAUCUAUGAGAACACAAAGGUUUCGGACUUGGUCUUUGGUUUUUAAAGAUAGCAACUCCAGGUAUUUACUAACAGAAAUCUUCUUUUCAUUAUUACCCAAAACAAUUAUCGCAGUUUUGUUGUGGUUUAAUUGAAGAAGAUUUUGGCUCAUCCAGUUAUUUAUCAGUUUUAGACAGUGACACAACACCGCAAUUGAACUGUAGUCAUCUGGAGACACUGCUAGCUAUAACUGUGUGUCAUCUGCAUAGCUAUGAUAGUCAAAAUUAAAGUUCUGAAGAAUUUGACCCAAAGGUAGCAUAUAAAGGCUCAACAGGCUGAAAUGAACAUCUAAAAUGUUCAACUAUCUAAUCUGAUUAAAUGAGCCAUCAAACUGCAUAGCUUGGCUGGUCCAUAUGUCUGUUGUCAAAGACUAAUGCCACACCCCCUCCAAAUCUCUCACACUCUAUUCUCAUGUAGAGUUGUACAGUUGAGGAAAGUCCAUAUAUGCAGCUUGGAAGCACAUACAUUGGAUCAAUUUCCAACAUGUCGAUUAAUCACUGCUUUUGCAAUGUAUAAAGGAACACUGUGUCUCUCGAAAGGUUCAAUGUUGCCUCGUGCCUUUCAUGUCAUGCAGAAACAUGUAAAAAUGGUUCCGCUCAUGUUGUCUGUUUCUUAGCUGGAUUUCAAGUUUCUGUCAAGUGAAUUCAGAGAUUUGUUUCUAAAUUCACUAUAUGUGUUUGGAGAUAAUUGCUGAAAACGUGCAAAGACUGAGAACUACUGUAUGUAGUACUCAGUUAUGGAGAUAUUGCAUGAAACUGUUUUUCACCAUAUCAUGUUGCCUGAUUUUUUUGGCCAGUGGCUAUAAUGGUGCAUGGAGCAUGGCACACUUUGGAGUGAGGCAUGAAGCACUUAAGUUCCUUUGUUCGCAUCUGCGGUUAUCAGCAUAUUUGCGACAAGUAGUUAGCUAGCUAGCUAUGCCUACAUCUCGAAAAUGCAUCUUCCAUUCACAUAGUCUUGUUGAGGUCGCUUUUGAGUGCACUAGCGUGUCCGUUUUAGAGCGCCUCGUUCUCGCGUCGUGGAAAAACCCUGCGACCUGGUGGGUUAUAUUCCAGCCACCGGAAGUUUCAAGCAAAUAUAUUUUUGUGGCUCAAACAUAGUUAUCGAGACACAAGAUAGAUGCUUGAGUAGGUAGCAUUCAUUUUUGCAGGUUGUAAAGGUGGUAUGUGAUUGACGGUUGACAACUGAGCAGGGAAUGGUUUCAGCGUAUUUAGCAGACAUAGAGAAUGGCGCAAACGCCUUGAUUUUUCAUGAUUUUGAAGCCUCGUUUUAUACAGUAUAUUUUGUGGGUUUUUUAUUCAUUUAAAUCUGUCAGGGUUGUUAACACUUCUCUGUGGUGUGUCAAAUUUAGAAGACAUAUUUAGUUUCACAUUACAGGGACUUCAAAGUCUCUAGUCGCUUUUUGGAAAAACUGUUACGAGAAGGGUCAGAAAAGUCACUAAUUUGGCAACACUGACUGUACUUUUGUAAACGAGCUCCUCUCUGUUAACAGCCAUUUUGCUAAUGAAAGUGUUACUUUGAACUACAGAAGCCGUCACAAAAAUCAAUUCAAAAAAUUGUCCUGAGCAAUAAACGACCUUGUCUCUUUCCCCAUAGUGCUUGAAAGAUUGUUCCACAAACUGCCUAUUAGAUCUGUGUAUAAUCUUUUUUUUUUUUUUUUUUUUCCAUUUAGUGGAUUACAUUGGCUGCAAUUGGCUGGUGACCAGUUCAGGGUGUACCCCAUUUCUCGCCCAAAGAUAGCUGGGAUAGGCUCCAAGCACGCCCACGACCUGGAUGGAUAGAUUGCAUUGGUUUGGAGCCAGGCAGCACGGUGGGCGACUGGUUAGAGCGUCAGCCUCAGAGUUCUGAGGACCGGGGUUCAAUCCCCGGCCCCGCCUGUGUGGAGUUUGCAUGUUCUCCCCGUGCCUGCGUGGGUUUUCUCCGGGCACUCCGGUUUCCGGCGUGGGUGUUGGAAUGGAUGCCCACCCAAACCCGUCUGGAUACAAUAUUACAGUAGUUUUUAGGAACAAAACUUCUGCCUCGUUCUUGGUAACCACCUACGCCCACUAUGCAAUCAUGAUGGUGGUACUUGAAGAGCAAAAUGUUUUUUAGACCCCCUCACCUUUUUUCUUUAUUAUUUAUUUAAGAAAUAGCAUAAUGUGUAAAUAUCACUAUUCAAGUAUUGUUAGGACAAAACUCUAAAAGUGGUCUACACAACUUAAGCCCAGUGCUGUACUGUAUGUAUUAUGUUGCUGACCAAGCCAUUUCACCCAAUACAGUAUAUGUAUCUUUCCACACUCAUAACACUCAAGAUGUAUAAGUUUCCUCUCCGAAAUAGUCAGACGGUGAGAAGUACCCCCUUAGCCUUGGGAAUGAUUCAAAAAAAGAAACGCAUCUAUUAUUAUCCGCCGGCGAGGUAAGCUUUGGCCCAUUCCAGCGCGAGAGGGAAUCCCUCGACGUCACCAAGGAUACCAAACACAACAGCGGUGUACAAAUAUGGGCAUGUACGUCAGCGGAACCCCGAGGCGGGACUUAAAUGCCUCGGUUGUAGGCUACUCGAGGAGGAUUCAUUCAUAAGACAAAAUCUGCUUGUUUGUAUCGUAAUUCCGCCGUGCAUCCGCCGGGUCGUGCCGCCGAACGGACUUUAUGGAUCUAUCGGGCUUCGGAUCGAAGUAGUUUGAACGCUGGGAAAGGAAGGAAAACACUUGUUCGCAACAAUUUCUCCCCCGCUUGUUUGUCGCGGGGAAGUGGAUUAAGGCUUCUUCAUGCAACUUUUUUGGAAAGACACUAGGAGCGCCUCACCGGGAAACAGCGACAAGACAAGUAAGGGUGCCAAGCUCUCUCUCGGCCCCCGCGGGGAGAUGUACCAAGGGUUCCCCGGCGACCCCGACAGCGGUUCCCGUGGUAGCUCGUCCCCGUCCAUAGAGUCACAGUACCUCUCCUCCGUGGACUCCUUCGGGAGCCCGCCGACCACCAGUGCUCCGCAGGGGCGGCACGGUGGAGACUGGUUAGCAUGUCUGCCUCACAUUUCUGCGGACCCGGGGUUGAAAUCCAGCCUCGCCUGUUUGGAGUUUGCAUGUUCUCCCCGUGCCUGUGAGUGUGUGUCAGCUGCAGCUGGCUUGAGCAUUGUGGGCAGCGGGCCAGGAUCCAGCAGCGGAGGGGAGAUGCCUGGCUCCUUCGUGCCGACCGUCACUGCCAUCACCACCAGUCAGGACCUGCAGUGGCUGGUUCAGCCAACCCUCAUCUCCUCCCAGGCCUCGGGGCAGAGCAGCACCACCGGACCCUCCACCAUGACCCGGCCCGUGUCACUGGUUGAUCCCUAUGACAUGCCGGGCCCGAGUUACUCCUCUGGGUCCGCAUUCACUCAUCCAAGUUCGAACACCCCUGGCCCAGCACCGGGCCCCAUCCGCCAGUCCAGAACCCGUAGCCGCCGCACCAGAGAAGAGUCUGUGAGUGAAGACGGAGAUGUUGGUGUGUUACUCACUCCAGAGGAGGAGGAGAAGCGACGUGUUCGUCGGGAGAGGAACAAACUGGCCGCUGCCAAGUGCAGAAACCGGCGACGGGAACUCACUGACAGGCUGCAGUCGGAGACGGACAUCCUUGAGGAGGAAAAGGCUGAGCUUGAGGCAGAAAUCUCAGAUCUGCAGAAGGAGAAGGAGCGCCUGGAGUUUGUCCUGGUGGCCCACCAGCCCAACUGCAAGAUCCUGUACCAGGAGCAGCCUCAACCAAGCACGGCGCAGCUCCCUACUCAGACCUUGCAAGCCCCCACCUCCAUUGUAGACUUGGCUGUGAAGGAAGACUCUUUCUAUCUGCCUCCUGCCUACAUGGGGCACCCAGCCUCCACACAGUCGCAGAUUCUGCCUCAGCAGCAGCAGCAACGAGUCCAACAGCCUCAGCCAGGAAUGAUACAGGAGGUAGAGUUUUCUCGUUCUUUCUAUGGCCCGAGUGAGGCAACGGCACCUGGCGGGCCAUGCCUCAUGGCCAGCGACGGUGGUGGUGGUGGUGGUAACCAUGACGAUGCAGGCAUUGCCAGCCACAGCACUUCAUACACAUCUUCAUUUGUGUUCACCUACCCAGAGGGAGCCUGCGGGGUCAGUGCCAACCAUCGGAACAGCAGUAGCGAGCAGUCAUCCGAUUCCUUGAACUCGCCUUCCCUGCUGGCGCUCUGACUGACCGUCCAAACUCGCACAUACCUAAAUGCUCGCUGAGUAGGGGGCUGACUGUCCCCCAUUGAGUUAAAGAACAAAAUUAAUGUGCAUUGCAAGAGUGAGCUGGAUUCAAAUAGCAUACAUCAAUCAGACGCAAAAUAUACAGAUUAAACUAAACUCGGUUUUCAGUGAGCUGCCAAAAAUUUCACCGGUGCCCCCCCACCUUGUUCCCUCUGAGGGUCCUUCAUCCCCUCCUCCAUCCCUCCCCCUCCACCCUCCUCCUUUGCCCAGUGCCCAGAGGAGAGACACUCACUGCUAAUCCUUCAUCCGCCCAACUCCCCCUCAGCUUCCUCAUGCUUGGAAGUCGGCGAUCACUGCGUUGUUACAAUUCCUCUGCAGUGCCAGCAUCUCUGUUUCUCCUCUUUUGUCUCUUGUGUUUCUUCCCCUCUCUCUCCUUGAAGUCCUCCGCGCCCGAGAGCCCGAAGACCCCCCCCGCCCUUGGGACCUUGAGUGAAUGGCCUGGCCCCAACCCUGACACUCACACACCUUAACCUCUCCUUCUGGACCUGGACCGUGAUUCUGCAGGGUGUUCCUAACAAGCGCACCCUUCACUUUGGACUUAGACAAAACAAACAAGGCGGAGGUCUUCAGAUGAACCAUUUCUCGACACGAUGAAGACGAGACAUGUUGAGUGGCUCUGGAGAGAUGCUUUUGUUGUUGUGAGCCAAAUGCAAAUCAAGCAAAAAAGCAAAACAAAAAAAACAAGUAAAAGACCUGUCUGUGUAGAUUCUCAGUCAUCCAGGUCAUGGUAAUCCGCAAGGUUUGAAUCGAGGCAACUGGUCUUUGUUGAAGACGUUUCACCAUUGAUCUAAAAGGCAUCUUCAGUUCCAUAUUUUUAGGUUUGGAGUCUCCUUAUUUAUGUUUCAUGUUGUUGCAGGGUGUGGCUGGUGAAUGACCGUCCUCCAUACCAACCGGUCGUUCACUUGCCUUGUGGGAAAACAGCUUGUUCCCGCAGAAUAAGGCAAUGUUUGGGGGGAGGGAUGUCAAGACAUUGUUUUAAGCAGAUGAUAGGUGAUGCCUCAAACUGUUACCUGAAAAUUCAGAACUGAAGAAGCGAUUGAGGGUGAAACAUCAACAAACAAGAACGAGUCCAGUAGUCUCGAUUUAACCUUUGUGGAUCAAGUACAAGAUCCUGCUCUUGCCAAGUGUGCGGACGGUUUCCCUCUUGGUUAAAAGCAUCACCAUGCUGCCACGGCUAUUGAGCAUUGUGCUUUUUUUGCCCGCCUGUUUGCCUUACUGGGAGAUGCAGACAACCUCUAAACAUCGGGCGUGCAUACGAAUGCACCUGGCCUGUUUAUUUCUUUCUUGAGGGAGGUUGUCACAGAGGCUGACCUGGAAACAAAAAGAAGAGAGACUCCGGGCCGACGUUGUGGCGCUAACGUCUUCUCUUUGCCUGUGAAUUUGUGCCAUUUGUUUUCCCUCUUAUGUUCCAGUGACAUUUGUUACAUAUUUUAAUGUCUUUUUAAUGUACAGUAUUUGAUUGUUCUGCUUUUUAUUGUACAACCGCAACCCUGGCCCACCUCCAACUCUUGCUGUUGUUGUUGCAUCGUAACUAAAAAAUGUUCCCCAUUGUUUUCAUGUGGCAACUUUGGAGGCAUGUUUUGCACUUAGUUUUUUAUGUCAAAAGGAAAAAAAAGAAUCUUGUUCAAGUCUAUAUGCCUAUGUGCGAUGAUUGUCAAAUAUGAAUGUGUUGCAGCUCUAAAGGGGAUAUUUUUGUCAAUGAAGAAAUUUGAAACAUGUAACAGGUUUAGUUUUACAAUGAAUAUUUUCCUAAGAGAAAGAAAGAAAAUAUAAAGAUAUAUAUGAUCAAUUUUGAAAAAUGACCCUGUCCCUUAACAUGAAGCACGAUGUCACUGCCUUUCACCAUGUGUAUGUGUAUUUAUGUUUUAUAAACCGUAUAAAGCACUAUCUAAGGCAAAGUCAAUGUAUGUGUGUAACUGUCACUAUGUUACAAGGUUGCGGGGAUGCCUUUUGUUUUGUCUGAUAUUUCUCUGUGAGGUCUGACCCAAAGCUACUUACUGACACCGCCACUUCAUCUUCCAAAUGGGAAUUUAAAAAAGUACAGUUGACUGCAAUCACUGUUACAGUUACACAUUAUCUACUAUUCUUGCACAUAUGCCCUACAAUAAACAAACAAUAUUGUUCAAUAAUGAACUGAAAUGUGUAUUUGAAGGACAAACAUAUCAGUUUACAAAAGAGGCUUUAUUUUUAAUAAAUAAAAAUAACUUGCAUCCAAAUAAUGACAAAAUGCCUGUACAGUUUUCUGUCUCUGUGGCUCUUGGUGCUCAGAGAAUGGGUAGACCUCACUUUUUGAACAGCUGAUUAAGGAACUAUUUCAAGAUGCCUUUUUGAUUAGUUUUUUUUCUCCAAAAUGCAAAUGUGAUGAGAAUAUGUUCUGAUGUGUCAGAAUAAGCAUAAAACAUAUUCACAAGUUCUCAUGUACAUAGUUUUUUUCUUCUUCUUUGUGGUGCUGCUUCAAAAUCAUGAGAGGGAAAAACACGCCGUUUCAUGAUGUAUGGCACCACCGUUUACAUUGACUCCAGAUUUAAUGGACAGAGUAGUGAAUUCCAUGCAGCUAAAUCUCUGGAAGCUUAUGAAUCACCUUGUCAUUCCAUCGUGAUAGUAAUCAAUGUUGAUAGUAGUAGUAGAUAAUAAUAUUCAAUGCAACAUUGAAUGUGUGAAUGACACCUCAGAGGCCCUUGCACUGAACACACAUCCAUUAUUUUCUUCCCUGUCUGGAUUUCUUUUUAUGAAUAUGACACAAUCAACCUGCUUGUACUGUACAACGGCUGUGACAGCAUCAACUGAACAAGAUUUGCUUCUAUUUUUCUAUGAUGAGGUGAAUGUUUGCAAUGUGUUUGUAUUAUUCUGCACAAGACACAUUCACACAGCCAUGUUUUCUUUGGUAUGAAAUGCAAUACUUAAGAUGCUCUUGGAUGAACAUAAUGUAGCAAAUAUUAGUCAGGGUUUAUAGACUGACUGCUACUAUACUGUAUGUCCAGUGUGAUGAUGUAUUGCUAUAAAAACUUGGUUCAAAUAUUCUCACAAAUUUACGGCAACAUUUAUUUUUCAUGGAAAAUGUUAUGACAAUUUUUUUAUCCAUCUUUCAUUUUCAUUUCUCUUCGGUUUCACAUUUGUAUCAGUGUUUCAUCUUUUUGCCAUAUAAUGACAUUGUAUUUUUUCAUAAUUUUUGCUGCAAACUUUAUGAUUGUCACAUAACAAUGAUACAUACAUGAUACAUAUACACUACAUUGAGGUUACAACAGUGAAAGAGCCAAAGAUAUCUUGUUGGAUAAAGGUGACAAUAACUUAUAUUAUUGUACUUAUAUUUACAGAUACAUAUUGACAACAGGGUGCUAUGAUAUAUUAUUAUUCUCUGCAUAUAUAAUGUCAGAUAUUUUUUGACAUUUAUACUUUAUUUUUCUAAUCUUAAUUCAGGUUUAUUAUGCUUGAAUGGGAACAAAAUAUGUGACAAAUCUAUUCACCUUCUGCUGUCCAACCUUCUCUAUAGAAAAAAAUUCAAUAAAUUUAAUGUCCACACAAGACUAUCUCGGAUCCUUAACUGAAUUGGGUGAAGUGAAUUUUCCUCUGGAUCAACAAAGUAUCGACCUAACCGUGUAUGAUGGCAUAAACCAAAUGCAGUUAACUUGUAAAGGAAUUACAGUAAUAAACACUAUAUCAUUCAGAUGCAUGUCUCUCGCUUUUAAAUGAGAGUUUUCGUACAUUUUCUCUGUCUUUGUGUAUUUACCAAUAUUUCUAAAAUUGUAACAAACUGAAAACGUGUAAAUUGGAAAAUGUCAGCUACUGUAAAUCUUGAAUCAAAUUGACCAUUAAAUAAAUAUACAUAUUUAAUUUUGA